UGGGAGCUGUAGUCCGCGCCCCGCCGCGUCAUCACAACUCGCGCCUACAAAUCCCAGGACCCACCGCUCCGGUGGCGGCGGCGCGUCGUCAUGUCAGUUCAUUUUGAAGAGAGAAGUGGGAUUGUGCCCUGCAAGACUCCAUGGGGUGAAUGGUAUCAAACUAUGGAAGACGUCUUUAUCGAUGUCCGCGUCCCACUUGGAACCUCUGCAAAAGACAUUACGUGUAAGCUGAGCAGUAAAGAGAUUGCCUUGUCAGUCAAAGGGAACGUCAUACUGAAGGGUAAACUUUAUGGGUCCACUAUUGCAGAUGAAGGAACCUGGACAUUAGAGGAUAAUAAACAGGUAUCCAUUGUGUUGAUGAAGAGUAAUCGGGAAGCUGGCAACUGUUGGUCUUCACUACUGGAAGGACAGUACCACGCCGACCCUCUGGUGCAGGACGAGAUGCAGAAGAAGCUCACACUCGAGAGGUUCCAGCGCGAGCAUCCCGGCUUUGACUUCAGUGGGGCUGACAUUUCUGGAAACUAUAGCGGUGGAGGCCCAGAUUUCUCCAAUCUGGGCAAGUGAAGACAACUCGAAUGUGAAGAGAGUGGUUGCCUUAUUUCAUGUGGACUCUGAGAGGAGCCGAGUGCAGAAUGCCAGCCAGGUGGUUGAAGUGCCUGAAGGAGUUAAUGGGCCAGAAGCUGCGGAGAGAACGAUGAUUUCAUGCUGUUGUCCACGCAGAAACACCACCGUGGUUUGUGACACCAAUCCCCUCAAACCACUCCGAUUUGUGCUGCUCUGCCAUCAACCUCGGGUCAUUAGGGCCUCCACAGAGUUUUAAAACACUGCUGGAUUUGUGCUGUAAAUACGAAUGUUUAAAUGCAAAUGUAAGUUAAAGUUGCAGCGUAAGGGAUUUGUCAAUGGGUUCAUUAAUAGACCAGAUGUUUCAUUCAACCUCAAGAGUUUAGAAAGGAACAGUUGACACUCUUGUUUCACCCCUGCUGAUAGUAUUUUGUCCUGAAAGUUUAAAAAUAGCCGGCUUUUCUUCAUUUCUGCCUUUUACCUGCUAUUCCACGUCUAAUUUGCCUUCUCAUUGAUUUAUUUUCAUCGCCCGUGAUUAGCUUUGCUCUGGGUCUUCACCCUUAAAGGAUUCAUCUGCACAAAAAUGAUCGAACCAAAAUCAGAGGCAAACACAAGUGCUGGAGGCAGGGACUGAUCAAGUCAGGUGGUAUCUGUGGAGGGAAUGGACGGACAAACUGUCAGCUUGGGACCCGUCUUCAGAACCAAAGUUAGUGCUUUUUGUUUUGUGAGGGUUCUGCGUUAAACAACAAAACUAUCAGAAAAUAACAGGGGACUCUGGAGCGAAGUAAUAGGUGACGUUUCGUGUCGAGACCCUUCUUCAGACAUCACCUAUUCCUUCGCUCCAUAGAUGCUGCCUCACCUGCUGAGUUUCUCCAGCAUUUUUGUUGACCUUUGAUUUUUCCAGCACCUGUAGUUCCUUCUUAACCAGAUAAUAAGGGGGAAUCUUGUACGAUUUAGCCAACUGUAACAAUAGAUUCUAGUUCCCAUUGUGUAGGGAAGGUUGAGUGAACAUGGCCCAUUCCUUCACUGGACCAUUUGUCUGUGGAUAUAGCUGUGGAAAGGUGCGGGGGGGGGGGGGG